GCCAAUUCCAAUUCGAUAUUUGUUACUGUUGUUUUUAUUUUGCCGGCAAAAAUGGACGCGACGGAGAUUGCUGCUAAUAAAGAAGCUGAAGCGAGUAUUGACUUAUUGACCAUAGUGCUGGACACAAAUCCAAGCCAGCACAUUGUAAGACAAAAUCCACAGAAUCUAACACAAAUUUUAGAGGCAGUCAUAGCAUUUGGGAAUGCGCAUUUGAUGCAAAAGGCGCAAAACAAACUAGCGGUAAUAUCCUGUUCACAUCAUGCAACAAACUUUUUAUAUCCCUUGCCGGGCAAGCAGGUGGAGCUAAGACAGUUUGAUGGUCAAUAUGAAGCCUUUAGUUUAGUGGAAAAGACAGUGAAGCAACAGCUUGGGAGUAUAUUAAUGACAGCGCCACGUUUAAGCACACCCACUGAGAGCUUGCUAGCAGGCAGUAUGUCUAAGGCGUUGUGCUAUAUAUCACGUUUGCAACGCAAUGUGGCUGCUGGUGUGAAAAUGCACUCUCGUAUUUUGGUUUUAACUGGCAGCAAUGAAUGCGCCUCACAGUACAUGACCUACAUGAAUGUAUUUUUUACGGCUCAAAAACUGGGCAUUGUCAUAGACACAUGUGCUCUGGAUCAAACAUUAAGCUUGUUACAGCAAGGUUGUGAUAUUACAAGUGGCCAAUUUCUGAAAGUCAAUCAAUUAGAUGGUUUGCUACAGUAUUUAUUGUGGGUCUUUCUGCCGGCACCACAAAUGCGACACAAGUUGGUGCUGCCACCACCACCCAAAGUGGACUAUCGAGCCUCUUGCUUCUGCCAUCGCGAGCUUAUAGAUAUAGGCUAUGUCUGUUCGGUUUGCUUAUCUGUAUUCUGCAAGUAUAGCCCUAUAUGCACUACUUGUCACACAAUCUUUAAGACACCAGGACCGCUGCCUAUUAAGCCAAAGAAGAAAAAGAAGACGGAGAAACAAAUGUAAGCAGUCAAUGCAUUUAAUUCAAUUUAAUCAGCAACUGUUUACGCAACAAAAUACAAAAAUUUAGU